AUGGAGCCCAACAAUUUGCCCGUUAUAGCCAAGAGGUUUUGGAACGUCGUCAGGGCGGCUCUCUUCAUGCUGCGACAAGGGAUUUCCAAGAAAAAGCUCAUGCUUGAUCUUAAUCUCCGUCUGAAGCGCGGUAAGAUUGCCGCCGGCAAGGCCGCCGUGCACAACCUCAUCUUCCACCACCACCACCACGCUUCCACCUCCUCCUCUUCCUCCUCCGCCGCCGCCACUGAUGCUACUACGAAAGACUGCGGUGGAGAUCUCCCCGCCGCCGCCUACGCCGACCUUUCAGAUGCCUACGAGUUUAGCUGCGAGAACAGCCCCGCUCGUGAGCGCCGCGGCGGCGGCUUCCACCUCCCCAACCUCAACUACCUCAGCAUUCUCAAGAAACUGAAUAAACACCUCCGCCUCUCCGCCUCCUCCGCCCACGCGCCGCCGCCCACGGAGGAAGAGAUCAUGAUCGCGGCGGAGGAGAUCGUCCUGCAAAGCGCAAUGGCGUCCCCGGCUCUUCCCGGCUUCGGGAGGACUCCGUCAGUGAGGCAAUUGCGGGUGACGGACUCGCCGUUUCUGUUCAGCGACGCCGGCGGCAGCAGCCACGUCGAUGAAGCCGCCGAGAAUUUCAUCUCCAGGUUCUACGACGACCUCAGGCGCCAGAAUGCCGAGCAAUAG